AUGAACGAAUUUGUUAAGAUCUCCGAACAAUCAUACCGAUCAUUGAUGUUCGCUUUUGGAAAAGAUGCCAAACUCGUGAUACCUCGCAUUGUUCAUCUAACUCGAAGAGUUUCAAAAAGCAAAUUGCCCCCACCAAAAAUUUUAUGGAUAACAAAAGGAGACGAGUUUAAAUAUGCCAGGAAAUGUGGCAAAACCUGGAGUAAGAAGAUAAAGAAUUUGAGUAAAAGCGACAGAAUCAGUGAUGUGCAGCUCUUGGAAAUAUUCCUCGCAUCAUCAACCAUAACAUUCUGCUCACCUUACAAUACAAAAACUAUAUUAGGCCAGACUCACAAUGCCUGUAUAUUCCAGGGUUUAGAAUUGCUAACUCCAAAUAUAAUAGCAAGAUGCGUGGAAACAGUAGGAAGGGGAGGAGUCAUUCUAUUUGUCCUCGAGGAACAUCAAUCAUUCCAUCAAUUAUGCCAUCUACAUUUGGAGGUUCAUGAUAAAUUUAGAACUCAUUGGUUUCCUGAUGUGAAGCCUAAGUUUAUGACAAGAUUCAUUCAGUCGCUCACUCGUUGUUAUAGUUCUUUCGCGGUUGACGACAAGUUCAACAUCACUCAUUUAUUCAACAAUGAUCAAUAUUCAUCGAAAAUUCCUCCAGCCAAUGGAGAUUCAACGUUAGAUGUACACAGCUGUACAAUCUCAUACAUCUCCAAUGAACUAGCCAAUCACGGGGAGCUGUUAAAUAUCUCGAAACUGAUUGGCUGUUGUGCCACAGUUGAUCAAGUCACAGUGGUAUUGAAGUUUUUUGAGUUGCUAAAGGUAUCAGCCAAUGAAAGCGCCUCUCUUUUAAGCUUGGUUUCCGGCAGGGGUCGGGGCAAGUCGGCCUCUAUUGGCCUGGGAUUGGUUGUCGCCAUUUUAAAUGGGUCGGAAGAUAAAGACUACAUCUUUAUCAGAAGCUGCAGCAGUGACAACAGUUGUAACAGUAAAUACAAAAGCAAUAAUGCCAAUGAUAGCUGUGGUGAAUUGAGUAGAAAUGCGACUACCAUUGAAGCUGACAAAUUUGACCUCUUGACCUCGUGCGACCUUCUAUGCAUCGACGAAUCGGCAGCCAUUCCCCUAAAUUGGGUCAGAUCACUGAUCCAGGUCAAGUUAUGUGUCAUGGCCUCAACUAUUCAAGGUUAUGAAGGCACGGGCAGAUCUCUAUCGUUGAAGCUGCUAUCAGAGCUGCGAAGGUCUUCCAGGAUGUGUCCGACAAAUGACGUCAUCUUGCCAAUGAAUUCCGGCAAAAAAUUGAAAAAAAGAUCACACGAACUAAUAGAAUCAUUGCUUUCGUCGUCAAAAACAUCUUCAUCAGCGGCAGCUGCUGCUGCUGCUGCUGGUGUAUCAACAUCAGCAGCGUCAUUACACGAAAUAACGUUGAACCACUGUAUUCGUUAUUGCAAUGAAGACCCUGUUGAAAAUUGGAUGAAUGAUCUUUUCUGUCUGUCAGUUCAAGAACCCCCGCACAUCGCUGAUUUCCCUAAUUUGGACUCCUGUCAGCUGUUUAGGAUCAAUCUAAGUUCACUUUUCGCGGGGUCUUCAGCCGUCAGUAACAAAGUGCUGGAUGAUAUUGUGGCUAUUUAUGUAGCAUCUCAUUAUAAAAAUUCGCCUAAUGACUUGCUGAUGCUGGCUGAUGCGCCUGCCCACAGACUGUUCUGUCUUCUCGGCCCCAACACAUCAAUAAUAAUAAAUAAUAAUAAUGAUAACGAUGAUGGUGAUGAUGAGAAGAAUAAGAAUACAAAUAAAAAUGAUGUUGAUCAGUAUGAUGGGCUGCAGAUCAUAUGCGUAAUGCAGGUUGCCUACGAAGGGAAUUUGUCUGUGGAAACGUUGAGAAUGCAAAGCAAUGAUAAUGGCGAUUUGAUUCCAUGGCUUAUGAAUCAACAGUUUCCAAGUAGAAGGUUAGCAGAGAAGAAAGGUAUUCGUAUUGUAAGGAUCGCUACUCAUACGUCCUAUCAAAAAAUGGGAUAUGGGAAAAGAGCUAUGCAGUUGUUGGAGAAUUUUUACAGUAGAGUUACUCAGAGUGGCAAAGGUUGUGCCUUCGUUACUGAUGAUGGUGCUAAUAAGGCUGUGAUAUUUGAAUCAGUUGACGAUAUAGAAGUGGAUGAAUGCCUCGAUUACAUUGGGACUAGCUUUGGUGCAAGUUUGAAUCUGAUUAGAUUCUGGAAAAGCUUGCACAUGCAUCCAGUUUAUAUAUCACAAGUUCCGAACCUAACAACUGGCGAACACUCUUGUAUAUUCAUGAAAGAAAUAAAUAAUAAUAAUAUUAAUAAUAAUGAAAGCAAUAAGAAAAAGUCAUUUGUAUUCAAGAUGUGGUUGGAUUUCAGACUUCGAUUUCUAAGGCUUCUGCCCUACGACUUCAAACACAUGAAUACGCUCAGUGCUUUAGAGUUAUUAACAUGCACUCAAACCAAAGGCCUACAACGCAAACAUGUACAGAAACAGCUGAUAGGGUCAGGAGAAGACAGAGAAAGGUUGCUCCUAUACAUGGAAGAUAGGGUAGAAUUGAGGGCCGUAAAGGAUGUGAUGCAUUCGAUCGCCUGCGACUUUUUUAGCAAUUACUAUCGUAUUUCUAGCAAAAAUUACGAUAACGGUGAUGAUUCGCCAGCAUCAUCUUUGUUAUCAUCGCUGAAGAAGGAAAAGCUAAUGACUUUAGUUGGAUGUUCGCUGCAAGGCAAAGACAUAAAAACCAUGGCGCGGGAAUUAAACGAAUAUGAAAAGCUGAAGAUUAGCGUUAAUAAAUCGAAAAAACAUAUCAGAAACAAAGAUACUAUGAAUUUAAAACAGAAGAACUAUGAAUACCAUGUCGUGUUGGGAACACUGAAUCAGGCGUUCAAGAUUAUUUCGAAAAUUUAUAUGGAAAGUCACAACAAUGAUGAUGACGAUAAGAAGAAGAAGAAGAAUGAUGAGGAAGACGAUGAAGCCAAAAAGAAAAAGAGAAAAUUGAAAUGA